AUGUCGAGUGAGUCAUCCCACUCUCCAGUCUUGCGCAAUGCAGAUGAAGAGCAAAAUGAAUUGAUGAACAAAGUGGCUUCGAUUAUAAUACGUCUGGAAAUACAAACUGGUGCACCGUUUAUUCAGUUCGAGUCUGCCGGUUUUAACGAAGUGAAAAGUGAGGCACGACCUGAAAAGAAAUUAAUGGCUGAAAGGAAGAAACACAAAAAAGUGGAUGGGCGAUCAAAAAUUGAAGGAGACGCGUCGUUACUACCAACUUCCAUGAAUAAGGUUGAGCGAGCAUCGGUGCAAGCACAAUGCUUAGGCAAUCGGGAAUACACUGAAGUAAUUGUGCAAACUUUCUCUAAGGAUCAAACAGCAUUGAAUAAACAGAAACCCCUCACUCCCGAUGGUCAAGAGAACCCUUCAUCCAUACAAACAAUUGCUUCCGGUUCUUCUCCUUCUUUAAAAGCGACUAGUGAAGGAUCGGAUCCAAUCGGAUGUGCUAAACCUCGAGGGCCAGGGAUGAUUCUUUCAUUAUCACAAACGCUAGAUGUAUGCAAUAUCUCAUUCUUCUCCGGAAAUCCAUUUGUCGAAAAAACAUCGGGGAUUCUUCAUUUUUACAAAAAAAAAGAAACGAACUUAACAGCUGCAAGAGGUGAUUGUUCAGUACUUUGCAUGUUAGGAGUUCCAUCGUUACUUUCAUGUCGCGAGUUGCUAAGAUUUAUUGCUCCAAGUUCACAGUAUAUUACUGCAAUGAAAGUGAUACGUGAUUCAACACCAAAUCAGUAUAUGGUUAUCAUUAACUUCCGCUCUCAUGAUGCUGCUGUUCGUUUUUAUGAUGAGUACAACGGUAUGACGUAUAAUGCAAUUGAACCAGAAGUGUGUUCCCUUGUCUUCGUUGAAAAGAUCGAAUCGGUUCGUGAAGAAGCUGGUGGUAGUCUGCCUGUUGAAAACAUAACAGAACUACCAACAUGUGCGGUUUGUCUGGAGCGUAUGGAUGAUGGUGUGCUGACUAUUCUAUGUAAUCAUACUUUUCAUGCUGAAUGUUUAGAACAGUGGACAGAUACGACAUGUCCAGUAUGUCGGCAUAGUCAAACUCCUGAAUUGGUGGCAGAUCAGAAGUGCUCUGUCUGCGGAAGAACUACAGAUUUGUGGAUAUGCUUAGUUUGCGGAAAUAUUGGUUGCGGUCGAUAUGUAGAAGGUCAUGCUUAUAGACAUUUUGAAACAACUUCACAUACAUUCACUUUGGAAAUUGGUGGUGAGCGUGUAUGGGAUUACGCGGGUGACAAUUAUGUGCAUCGCUUGAUACAGAGCUCACCUGACGGUAAAAUGGUCGAAUACAGGAGAGGCGGUGUUAGUGAUAGUGAUGAAAAUCCAGGCGAAAAGUUAGAGUCAAUUCAGUUGGAGUAUACUUGCUUGCUUACGAGUCAACUGGAAUAUCAAAGAAUAUUUUACGAGACCAAAAUGAAUGAACAAGAACGACUAUUUAGCACGUUAGAGAAGCAUAACCAGGCUCAGGUUGACAAUCUUGAAAGAGAAGUCGAUGAAAUACGACAGGAAUGCGAUGAAUUGAAAAAAUCGUUAGCUUCCUGCACACAACAACGACGCACUAUUGAAAAAAAGCAACAAAAUACUCAAAAUAAAUUGAACAAAACACUGGCAGAAUUGGAGGAGGAACGUGCUUUAAACAAGUUAUUACGAUCCGAUCAGGAAAAGUGGUCUACAAAAUUGGCAGAAAUGGAAGCGAAAAAUACCAGUUUACAUGAAAAAUACGUUGCAACGGUGAAUGAUCUCAGUGAACAAAUUCGUGACUUAAUGAUGCACUUCGAUGCUGAAGCUAAAAUACAGAACGCAGUUGAAACGAAUGAAAUUACUGAAAAGGAGGUUAAUGAAAGUAGCGUAGUUGUGGCAGAUCCUCCCCAGCAUAUUCCAGUAAGAAACCGCAGGCGUAAGAAGAAAUAA